AUGUCAAACAUUUUCAAUGUCUUAAUCAAUAAACAAUUAGUAGCUAUAAGACAGUUGUUGACAACAACAACAAUAACAACGACAACAACUACACUAUCGGUAGUACCGAUAGUAAUGGCCAUACAGUCCAACACUAGGCGGACAACAAUUACUACUUAUAAAUUAUUACCAACGUAUAGACACCAUUGUAGUAGUAGGGCUGGUAGGUGGUCAUCAUCGGGCACUGGUAUGCCAUCAUCGCCUGCAUCACCACCACAACAACCGUAUCGAUGGCCGUUCACAACAAGAUCGGCUCUGAUGAUGGACACCACCAACGAUACCAAUGGACGCCUCCCGGAUGGCAUCGAUAUCGUUGCUAUCAGAAAACAUUUCAUCCGAUCAAUAGGUCUGGUAGUUACCAGCGAACUGGACGACUAUGAAGUGGGCUAUUCGGAGGGAACCGGUGUUAUUAUUGUGGCCAAAAACGACAACACUAACGGACAACAACAACCGGGUUGUCUAUUGCUGACCAAUUGUCAUGUGGUCGGACAGUCGCCUAUUGUUGAAGUCAUGUAUAUAUUGGAAGCCGAGGACAACGCCUACUCCGACGCCGACUCCGACGCCGACUCCGACGCCGAUUACGGCGAUGAAGACAACGAUGAAUACGACUUGUAUGUAGAAACAGGCGAAGUCCUAUAUGUUGAGCCGCACUGGGAUCUGGCACUGGUCCGACUGCAUCGUACGGUCGACACAUUUCAGCCGAUACCCAUUAAGGCCCGACAAUCAUCAUCAUCAUCAUCAGCCGAUAGUAUAGCGUUUGGCCAACCGAUAGCCAUGUACGGUCACGGCGCCCAAAUAGCUUGGACAGUACAUCCGGGUAUUGUUGUACAACCCUGGGCCCAACAAUCCAAUGUAUACGAUAGGUAUUAUACGAGUAGCAAUCUGUUCAACGAUUGUCAACCGAUUGUAUGCCAUACGGCCAUCAAUGCACACGGUUUUUCCGGUUGUCCACUCAUUGAUACCGAUGCCCUGGAACUAUGCGGUCUAGUUUGGGGCGGGUUUAUGGAUAAAUCGUUGAUUACGUUUGCCGACGACUAUCAAACAGUUAACGAGUUUAUAUUGCGGGCCAUAGACUAUGAUUAUGCCAAUAUAAGACUAAAUCGGAUCCGGGAUCAGUAUUCAAUAGUAGGACCACUUGAUAGACAAUUGGGUUUAGUUUUAUCCAAACAUUACGAUGAAAAUGAUAGAAACAAUGUUUGGUUUACUAUUGAGGAAUUGCUACCCAAAGCUCAACAAAUAGAUAUUAUUAACCGAUUUGUAAUGUUCGUCAACGACCAGCCGUUUACCGACAUUCAGACCAUACGGACAGCCCUAUCAGUUGACGAUGAAAUCAGUUAUCCGACUAUUCAAUUGACACUUAGGGCUCCUAUGUUUAAGCUUAACAAUCGAUUUGAUAGGAAUGUUAACAUUACAUCCAUGAGCCCGGAUGUCGAGGCAUUUGUUUUAUAG